UUGCAGCAAUACACCAAAACCUUCUUCCUCAGUUUCGUCUUCCUCUGCGUUUGGUGGACGAUGACGCUCUUUCACUUCUUCAACUGUGCGAUUCUCACAUUUGGACCCCACGCUGUCUACUACUCCGCCACUCCCUUAUCUGAAUAUGACACUCUUGGAACCUCCGUGAAGGCUGCUCUUGUCUACCUUGCCACAGCUUUGGUUAAGCUUAUUUGUUUGGCAACUUUUCUGCAAGUAUCUGAGACUCAAGUAUUCGACCCAUACCAGGAAGCACUGAAAGCAAUGAUUGGCUUCAUCGAUGUUGCUGGUCUUUAUUUUGCUCUGGCUCAGCUAACACACAGGAACAUCUCCCAGAACCACAAGUUUCAAGCUGUUGGCCUUGGAUGGGCAUUUGCAGAUGCUGUUUUACACAGGUUGGCACCUCUUUGGGUUGGUGCUCGAGGACUGGAGUUCACUUGGGAUUAUGUUUUGCAAGGGCUUGAAGCCAAUGCGAAUUUGGUGUUCACGAUAUCUUUAGCUGCUCUAGGUUCGUUGAUGUGGCUACGCAAGAACAAGCCAAAGACCAUGAUCCCCAUCAUAUACACGUGUGCACUGAUCAUCGCCACUAUGCCUUCAAUCACAAGCUAUCUAAAGAGAGUCAUGGGAUGGCAUUUCCCAAAAAUUGUUGGGUUUGAGAUGUUAACUUCUCUCGUGAUGGCUUUCAUCAGUUGUCAGCUCUUCAUCCUCUGUCAGAGACCGUCUUUGUGAUUCCACACACGGUCGAAAGACCAAACAAAUUUGGACUGCUCUUAGCCAGAGAACUGUUUGUUUAUGGGUAACUCUUGGGACGUACUUGCCUUGUUUUUUAAGUUCCUUGAAAAGUUGAUCUUUAAUUUGUAGAAGAAUACUGAACACUUUUGAAAAAAAAAGAAUAUUGAUUUGGUCA